UUGGAGUAGGACUAGUAGGAGCCCAGUUUAGUUGUCAUCUACGUUCCGUUGUGUUGUUUUUCUUGCGUCAAAUGCGUCAUGAGAGUGCGUACGCGUGUAACAUCCAUGUAAAAAAAAAUUAAUCUCGUCUUCGCUCCUUUAUUGUGUUUUUGUCGAAUAAGAUGCACUUUGAAAAUGUUGCAAGAGGAAGCUCUGUACAAGAGCACAUCUCCUCGGAAAGGCGAUGAAAUUCAAAAACUUAAUUUUAUACAAACAUUACCAAACCUAUUAGCUACAGAAACAGAAUCAUGUAUAACACGUGUAAUACCAAAACUGCAGCAGUCAUUAGCUACUGCAUCUACGGAAUUUCAUAUUGCAGCUUCAACUACAUUCAAAACAAUUUUAGAACAGAAACUUGUCAAUCAUAAUGUUUUUAGUCGAACAUUCCUUCAAAGUAUCUUAGAGUCACUUGAAAAGCGUGAUCCAGUUAUCUGUCAUGCAUGGCUGGAGACCUUACUGGAUGUGAUAGAGUUACUGCCGAUAGAAACCAUAAGAAAGCAGAUACUUCCAUUGAGUCUAAGCAAAGGGCAAUUAUCACAGCCUAUCUAUUCAAGGAUAAUAUGCAGCAAGAUAUUAGGAAAGAUUUGUACAAGAUUUGAAUCUGGUCUGAUACAGAAGGAAGUUCUACCAAUGGUACAUUCCCUCUGUCAGGAUGUAAAUAAUGAAGUACGAGCUAAUAUCUGCUUGCAGCUACGUUUCGUUGCUGAAGGCCUUAAUGCUGAUACUCUAAAAACCUCUUUGCUACCAUCUCUCGUAGAAUUAGCAAGUGAUGAAGAAAGCAAUGUAAGAUGCGCCGCUGUAGAAACGAUAGCGUAUUUGCUACCUUAUUUUCAAGAAGAAACAAUAAAAACUAUCAUAGUGCCACUUAUUAAAAAAUUAUGUGAAACUUCACAGUCUAUAUAUCACGACAAUAGCGUGAUAUGUGUAAUUUCCCAAGAAUUUGGAAAAAUUGUACUUGGCCUAGAAAAAUGUUUAUUACCCGCGGAAAAAACAUGGUUUUUAAAAUAUUAUCAGCAACUUUCACAAAUGGGCAUUGUUAUAAUGAGGAAAGAAUCCAAGCAUCAUAUUCCAUUUAUGGAUAUUGAUCUUGACGAAGACGAGAAAUACGUAGAAUGCAGAAGAUGUUGCGCAUUUAAUCUUCCAGCAAUGUUCAUUUUUGUAUCGAAUUCUCCAGAUGAUACAGAUUCAUUGCUUCUUACAUUCACUGCAUUGGCAAACGAUCAUUAUUAUUUGGUUCGGAGAACUGUAGCGUGUGGAAUUCAUGAAGUAGCCAAAGUAUUGGGUCCAAAAAGUGGACGGAUAAAAACAGAUCUAAUAAAAUUAUUAAAAGAUAAUUCUGAAGAAGUUUUACAAGGUAUAGCUCCUCAUAUAGCAUUAAUUCUUGAAUGUUUGCUUGAAAGUCACGUUAUCGGCAUAGAUAAAAUGGAUUCCAUUGUUAUGGAAAUAGGUAGAGCUUUAUUGAAAUGUGAAUCGGAAAUAGCAGGUACACAUAAUUGGAGAUUAGUAUCUUUAAUACAUUCACAGUUUGAAGUAUUGCCUAAAUAUUUUCCAAGUGAUUUUAUAUAUUCAUAUUUUGUGCCAAUGGCUUUUUUCAGAAUAUUACAUGCUAGGGCAAUACCUAUUCGUCUCUCAUCGGGAAAUCUAUAUCUUAUAUUUUUACGUUAUAAUAUAAAACCUGCGCAAAGAGUAGAACUUCGUACUAAAUUAUGUUCAGAAUUGGCCAAUAAUGCGAAUUCUUACUCGAGAAUGAUGUUUGUUCGUAUAAUGAUGAAAGCUUUAGAAAUUUUCUCCUCUGCUUACUUCAAGGAACAUUUUUAUACUACUUUAUUAAGUUUGGCUGAAGAUAAUAUAGCUAACAUAAGAAUGAAAGUAGUUAAUUUGAUGCCUCAAUUAAAAAGUCUCCUCCGGAUACCGGCUGAUAAAAAAUUGUUAACUAUAUUAGAAUCAACGGUGACGCAUUUAAUAAAUAGCGAAAAAGAUAGAGAUGUAUUAAAUUCAUUAACAAUUGUUAUAAAAAAAUUGGACGAGACAAUACUUAAAUAUGAAAGUCGAAUGCCAACUGGAGUACUUUCAAAACAGGAAAUUGAGGAUAAUAGAAAAUUUGAAGAAGAAAAGAAAAUAUCAGGAAUGGCAAUUGGAAAAGCUCCAGUUCCGAAAAAAGGCGUAUGGCGACAAGCUGAUUCCUCGAAAGCGCCGCAAACAACCUCCAAAGAUAGCAUAACCUCUCCUCGUCCAUCCGCCGAAUCAUUAAAAACAAGAAUUCAACUAACACAUCCUUGGGAAAGAAUAGGGUAUACCAACUCAAAUAUUAGUACAACCCAUACUAACUUUGACAAUGGAUCGUGCAGUGAUUAUCUAAUGCAAAAGACUCAGCAAAGCCGAUCGAAAUUAUCAUUGCCCUUUAUAUUGUGGCCGGAAACGUGUGAAUGCAAUUAUGGGGAAGAAUAUAAUUUUCAUUCUUGUCCCUCGUCCGAUUACGCAAAAUCUGUUUUUUUGGCGAUCAUGAGAGAAAAUCGGCGAAGAUCGCAGCAAAAUUUUCUAUUAACUCGAGAUUAUGCUCGCGAAUUUUCCACUAACAUUGCCAGCAAGGACACUGCCACUGUAAGAACGCUUGCAGCUCACUAUAACUCUUGUUGGCCUUGUAGCUCUAUGCCCGAGAUACCGGUAAUGCUGUCGGAUGACGAAUUCCUUGUGGAUGCUGGUAUCAGGAUUCCGGUGCAAUUCUCUCAGAGUACUUCCAAGAUACCACAUUUACAAGAUUCCAUAUUUGGUAAGAGAAGAACCUCGUUCAAUCAUAUUCGGCCUACUGGCAUGAAUUUCGAUAAAGGGAAGCCUAAGAGGAAUUCUUCCGUUGAAUACGAGGAUUGUAUAAAAAGAAGAACGAAUACUGAUCAAUCCAACCAUGCCAGAACUUCCAUCGAUUGCGAGGAUGGAUUAAGAUUGGUGAAGGAAAAUCAACAGCUCGGUAAGAAAGAUCCGAUAUACGUUGGUCCGUUGAUUAGGUCGAGAUUUGGAUUCGGUGUAAAUCAAGAUAGGACGAUGGACGACAAAAUGAAAAGGCGAAAUUCGUUAAUAUUGGAUAAAGAGAAACCGAAGGUUGUACAGUCAAAGUGUACGUUAGACAGGACUAAAAGGAAUUCUGUAAAUUUCGAGAAAGGAAAGCCUAAGAGAAAUUUUUCGGCCGAGUACGAGGAUGGUAUAAAACGAAGAACCAACGGUACUAAUCACGUGAAAGGUAUACGAUUAAGGUCGAUUGAUUACGAGGAUGGUUUGAGUUUAGUGAAGGAGAAUCAACAGCAAGAUAAAAAAGAUCACUUGUAUCUUGGACCUGUGAUGAGAUCGAGGUUUGGAUAUAGCGUGAAUCAAGAAAGGGCAAUGGACGAUAAAAUGAAACGGCGAAACUCAUUGAUAUUGGAUAAAGACAAGCCUAAAAUCGUCCAAACAAAGUGUAUGCUGGACAGGACUAAACGGCAUUCUGCAAAUUUUAGUUUAAAAAUGUUGGAUACGAAAGAGACUAAAACUACUUUGAAGGAUCAGCAUAGCUUAGAAGUGACCGAGUAUACGCCGUCGGAACGAUUGAGCAGAGCAUUAAGACGAUAUUCGACAUUAGAUGUGAAUCAUAAUCAGGGACAUAGCAAAAUACCCUUAAGAAGUUUUGUACGUCGUAGUAGAACUGCACCUGCCACUAGGGCUUCCAGCCCUGUGGGCUCACAAUUUAGGUACGAGGAAAUCGAUAAACUGUGCCGAAAAUUCGAGGAGUAUCAACUCUAUUAGUGUAAUUACAUCAAACGCAUUUACGUAUCGAUAUGAAAGGAGAGAAAAAAAAAAAAAAAAGAAGAUAACUGUAUGUGCUGGUUCGCAUCUAAUUACAAAUACGUUGUAUCAGGGGGAUAGAAAGAUUUUGUGGGAUACAUUUUAUAUAUGUAUAUAUAUUCUGUGUAUUUUAACCUUUUAUAGAAUCUUAGGUUUUUUCGAAUUCAGCAUUUUCUUUCUGAAAUAACGAGGCAUUUGGAAACUAUAUUAUUAUGAGGUUGUUCCGAUUUACGAUUUCGUACAACCUUGUUAGAUUUCUUAUUAGCUAGCUUAACUAAUAUAUUUUUCUAUUCGUAUAUGAUUGGCAGAAGUUAAAGAAGAGAUGAAUCUAUAUUUUAUUUAUUACCAGUAACAUUUUAGACAUUUUUUUUUUUUUUUUAAUUUUAUUAUAUUCCCACAUUAUUAUAUUGAAAAAAAUUUAUAUUUCGAUAAAUCGAUUAGGAAAGUUUAUCAGGUAUUUUAGCGUUUUUAAUAAAAAAGAUGCUUAUGUUGGAAGACUGUUUAUUAGACGAUGCUGUAUCGAAAUUCGUAAAAGUAAAAGAAUAAGACUAUUUUGCACUUUAAUUUUAUAGCUGCAUAUCUAAUACGUAUUACUCUAUAAAACUUUAUUCACUGAUUGAAUAAUAUAUUCUAAUAAAUUAUUAUAUUUAGGGGAUUACACAGAUUACGAUAGAUACGACGAGAUAAUAAAAAGAUAGAAUUUAAUUAUCUUAAUAGCCAAUUUUAGGUCUAGUCUCGAAUAGUUAUAAAAAGCAGGGCUAGUUUUAAUGUCUGUAAAAUGAUUUUUAAAUGUUCGAUACGACUUUUUGUAUCUUACUCUUUUUUUUUCUUUUUUCUUUUUUUCUUUUUUUCUUUUUUAACGAAUUCAGUUGUAACGUGCCAGUAAAGGCUGAUAAUUUUUAAUAGGAUUUUUCGCCAUUGUUUUUUAUAACUUGUUUUUUAAUUUAGCUUGAAUUUACAAAACAAAAAAAAUCAGUCUAAUUUCGUGUAGACGCAUAUAAUAGCGAACGAUUAUAAUGAUAUAUAUAUAUUAAUUUUAUUAUUAUAUCGCGUUGAAUGGGAGGUGUUAUUAUUUACUAGAUAUUAUAAUUUUCGAUCGAUUUACGAACAUCGCCGUUAAUAAUUAAUUUUUAUUAUAAAGAACCAGUGAACUACGAUAAACGAAGUAACUUUUUGAGCGCAACUUUAGGGAUUCUCGAUUCCCCGAUUUCCCUUUAAACACGUUGAACGAUUAAAAUUCUUCCCUUGCGUAGUGGACUGGAAUAACUGUUGUGUCUUAAAUAUCUACGAAAAUAUCAUACAGUUCUUAAAGAAUAUCACAUACACAUAUACACGUAACACACACGUAACAUACACGCAUACACAAAAAUUAUAUGUACAUAGACUGACCAAAACGAUUUAGCAAAUGUCUAAUUAUAAAGUAGUAAUCAAAGGAGAGCAAAAAUUAAUGAAAUUUAUCGUGAAACUAAAAAUAAUAAAAGAGAUAACAGUAUGUAUCGAAAAGGACAAGUAUAAUAUCUUCGCAGAAAUAUUUUCAUUGAGCUUCUGAUAAAUGUAUUUUGGGGUGAAAGAUCAAAAGACAAAAAAAAAAAAAUAAAAAAUAAAAAAUAAAAAAAAAAAGAAAAGAAAAGAGAGAAAAGAUAUAAGACGCUUCGAAGCCAAAGAUAAUAUCUAAUGAUGAUACGAUUAAAUAUCAAAUGUACAAAACCCUUAAAAGGCAUUAUGUACUUGUGUCAUGUACAUAUACUGUAUAAGCCUUACAGUGCAAGUGCCAUUGAAUCGAUUGGAGACUUCAACGCCUGGAAAGAGGGUGACUGUACCGUCGAAUACAAGGAGAAUAUAUACAAGGUAAAACUUCGAAAAAAGUAAUAACCAACCCAAAAUACAUGAAUAAUGUCGAGCAAUUGUCACGACGAGAUUAAAUUACACGCGAUAUUUAAUAUCACGAUCUUGAUAUACGUUGCUCCCGUAUAUUAUAAAAAAAAAAGAUUAUCCGUAGCUAUAGCUGGCUUGUAAAAAAAAUAUUGUUCAAGAAACGAAGCAUCGACUAUUUUUCUUACACAUUUAUUAUAUUGUAACUAGCUGUUCGCCCGAAUAUCCGAAUCUAGUUUCGACCUUUCUUUCAUCUUCUUUCGUUCGUUUCUCCGAUUUCAUAAUUUCCGAGGGUUGUAAAUCCCCAAUUUUAAUGUAGAACCUGUUUUUUUCUUCUUUUUUUUUUUUUUUUUUUUAUUUUUUUUUUAAUAAUCGCUAGUCAAUCCGAUUUCGCAAAGAUUUUACACCUGCCUAUAUAGCAAUUAAUCGUUAUUGGUCUACAGGAAUAUAUAUAUAUAUACUUUUUCUCGUACAAGCUACCGAACACCGAAGAUAGAUCACACUCUCUUUACGCUUAGAGAUUAGAAAGAGAUGCAAUUUACCGAAAUCGAUUGUUGCCGCGUAAACGAUAUUAAUUAUUUUGUUAUAAUUGUAAGAUCUUACGGCUACCGACUUAUAUAUAUAUAUAUAUGGUAACAUAGCGAAGCUUGUUGUAUAUUAUUUUUAUAGGAGACUUUAGGGUAGCGUCAGCCGUACGAUUUCGUGAAUCUAACGUACACAAUUAUGGUGCAAAAUUAAUCUCUUAAGUAGAGGAGUAUUACGAUCGAUGUAUAUUUAAAUAAAAACAAAAAACUUGCGUUACGUUUCGCCGAAUCGUACGGUUGUUGGUUCACCAUGCGACGAAACUUCUUUUUUAUAGGAAAUCCUAGAAUAUAUUAUAUAUAAUAUAUAUAUAUAUAUAUAUAUAUAUAUACACAGACACACACUAAUAAGUAUAUAUGGUUUAAUGAAAUUGAACAAAUUGUUAAAUGUGCAACUAUAGGGACAGCCGUAACAUGGGAAAGCGCGUUUCGAAGAAAACCAAGCGAAAGUAGAGAGCGAAGAAAGGUUUACUCUCGAGAAGGAACUAACUAGGAAAAAAACACAGGGAAAAAGUAAAAAUUUCUCGAAUCUCGUAUUUUCGCCAUAAGAAUAUAAUCGCUUAAAAUGCUGCUCCUUAUUUUUGUACAGAUCUUACCGUACGUAAUAUUAUUAACUUUUGUGCCAGAAAGUAAAAAUAUGCAGUAUAUUAUAUAUAUAUGAUAAGUAAAAAGAAAAAAAACACAUACACACAGACAUUCGUGCUACUCUCGUACUUUAACGUAAUUGUUAACGUAUUUGUUUCUUUAUAUAUACGUAGAAAAGAAAAAAAAGAUAACGAAAAGAAAGAGACGAGCACUUUUAUCGCUGACACUGUUAUAUAUAUAUUAAUAAUAAUAAUAAUAAUAAUACGUAUAUCGUGUUACGUACGUGUGUCGCGUACGUAAAUCGAGUAAUCACUCUGGGAGAUAGAAAUUUUUCUUUAUCCUGGAUAAAUCGUCGUUCAUUGGAUCAUUUGGGAAAAAAGGAAAAGUAAUAAUAUUGUGGUGACCAUUGAAUGAGAGAAGAAAGAAAGGCACGUCAAUUGAAUUUUAUCGCAUUAGAAACAAGUUAGAAAGAAAAGAAAGUUUCCAAACGUUAACGGCCUGCGUGUUUCUUUCGGGAAAGGGUAAUCUGUGAUGACAAACAAAAAAAAAAAAAUAAAUAAAUAAAUAAAUAAAUAAAAUAAAAUAAAAUAAAAGUAAUGAUACAUAUUUAAACGCGAGAAUAAAAUGGAAACAAAUAAAUAACGCGAAGAGAAUUACGUUCGUGUAAUUGCGAACGUAUCGAAUUCGUUGAACGAUAUUUUUAUUACUCAUAAUUGCUCCCGUAAAGAAUAAGGAAUGUUAUUGAAACAAAGAGAAGUGUAUUUUUGUGAGGUAUAUCUGUAAGAAACAAAAAUCUAGUUAAAUGUGAACAACUAAAGAACAACGCGAUCGUAGAUUUUAUUGGCUCUAUCGAUAUAUUAUACAUCUGUUUUAAUAUACGUUACAAACAAUAAAUCGAAUCUUUUUUGUUACACAA